AGUUCGUUGGAGGGAAACCGGGAAACGGUUGUUAAACCGGCUACCGGCUGUUUUGUGUUUACUAUUUAGUUACCAUUUCAGAAAACUAAUAAACAACAAGAUUUAUCUUAAUUCUUAAUUUUAGGUACAAUUUAAACACUAAGUGAAUGAGCAAAAUGGAAUCCACAGUUGUCGAUCAUUUAGAAAACAAUGAACAGUUUUCACUAACCAAUACUAAACAAUUAGAACAAGAAAUAACUUGUAGUCAUUGCACUAGACUUUUAAAUAUAAAACCAAUUUACACUUUGGAAGAAGAUGAUGGCUCAAGAACAAUGUGUGGUCGAUGUCUCCACGUUGUAAAGGAAUUUGAAGGCACAAAGACGAGACAGGUAGCAUAUGAAAGUUUAAUAAAGUUUAUGACAUUCCCAUGUGCUUUUGAAAAAGAAGGAUGCACUUCAAUAUUACCAGGAGAGAAGGUUCUUGAUCAUGAAUUGGGAUGUUUCAGUGCCACCGUAAUCUGCCCCGCUAAUGACAAUGGUAUUUAUAAAGGGCCUGAAUGUAGGUGGAGUGGAAAUGCUGCUCAUUUUCAGCAUCACAUUGAGGAAGAUCAUAAAGAUUGUAUACUAGAUCCGCCAUACUUUGACAAGCUUCCAGAAGAAAGCAAAAUGUAUUUCACACAUGUAAAUAAAAAAUUAGCUGUGAUAGCUUUAAUCAAAAUUGAUGCCAAAAAUUAUAGAUCUUGUGUAUUUCUGAUUGGAAGCGACAUGGAGAGCCAGUUUUAUAGGUAUCAGUUAGAACUGAGUGAGGGAAAUGAUGCAGAUUCCAUACUUUUAAGAAAAGGUAGACUUCAACCAUUUGGUUAUUUUGAAUCCAUUCUUGCAAAUAAAGAAAACUUGUUGGAUAUUAAUUUAGACAUUAUACAACCCACGGUUACCCAGAGUAAAGCCAGGAAACCAGUUUCAGCUAAAUUCAGUAUUGCCAUGAAACAUAAAAAAGUUAUUAAUCAAAUUUCUGAAUCCCUCGGUAUUAAAUGUAGGAUUCCAAAAUCAAAAGGUUUAAACCAAAUAGUAAAUAAUACCCUCGAUGAAAAUCUUCUUGCAGAAUUGGUAUGCCCUGUCUGCAUAGAAUUCAUGGUCCCACCAAUUUAUAUAUGUGAAAGUGGCCACAGUAUAUGCAACAGAUGCGUUGAGUUAGUUCGUAUUUGUCCUAAUUGUCGCAGUUCCUUGACAAAGAAAACACGUAAUUUCACUCUAGAAAGUGUAACUACCAGAGUACAGUAUCCUUGUAAAAAUCAGGAAAUUGGUUGUGGAUUUUUAACAACUUCUGAUAAGAUCCGCAUGCAUGAGCAAAACUGUGACUUGGAAGACAGUCCAUGUGUUUUCAACUGUGGCUUGAAGUUUAGAAAGCCAGCUCUUUUUAAUCAUGUUAAUGAAGAACAUCCUGACCGUGUCUUGGCAUUCAAUGAAAUUCAUACAUUGGAUAUAAAAAGUAAUACAAAAGAAUUUAUAUACCUUUUGAUUGCUUCUGGUCAAAUGUUUAAAUUGACUAUAAAAGUUACAGGUGGACACACUAGCACAUCAAUCAAUAUGCAGCAGUUAAAUGAAAACGAUGAAAACUUAAUAUAUCGCUAUAAAUUUGAAUUUGUCGACACCUCGGACAGUCGACUUGCUACAUGUUUCAUGGGUACCAUACAACCAGCAGGAGCCAAGCCAAGCAAGUUGACUGAAGUUGUUAUUCCACACAGUAUAAUAGCUAAUUCUAUUGACGAUAAUUUUUUAUCUUAUAGGAUUAGUUUGUCUAUCAUCAAUUUGAAAGCGUAAUAAACUUUUUAAUUUUUUGGUAGCAAGAUUAUAUAGGGUUGUAUAAGUGUAAUGUCUCGAGUAGCAGCUGUAGCAGGAUUUGAAAAAGGGCCAUAGAAUAUUGUGUACAUUUACUACUAAAUUUAUUGAGAAUCAAUCACAAUUUUGAUAAAAAAUAUUUUAUUGGGCGUUUCGAUUUCUACUUCUCAAACUAUUAUCAACAUACAAAUUAAGCAAAUUAUUUUGGUUGGUUACUUAAAAAAAAUCUCUUUAAUAGUUUAUUUUUAUCUUCUUACUCAUGAUGACAUAUUAGACAUCAUUUUAUUGAGUUGAAAUGGUAUUCAGUCUUUUGGCGUUGAGUUACUUAUAUUAUUUAGAUUACUUUCAAAUCCUAGUUUUUUUGUGACUGUCAGCUGUCUACUAGUUUCUAGUACAUAACUAGAUAGAAAUGAUGUUUCCUCAAUAUGUUCUCACUUACUAAUGUAUUUUUGUUGUAUUUUCUUUUUGGUGCCUUCGAUUUUUAAUAUUGGUAACUAAAUGCUACGCAGUUUGUUUCAUUUAGCGAAAAGAGAGGGUCUUUUUAAUUGUUCUCUUUUUGCCAUUUGUUCUUAUUCAUAUUCUCCAUGACUAUAUAUGUUUUUUAUGGAAAGGGGAUUUCUACCACUAAAAAACCCUCCGCCCAUUGAGGCGUGGUGAAAAACCUAUGCAAUACACCAGUUUACUAUACCCCCACCCGUUUCUUAAUCCCUUCUCUUCCGCUCCUUUUCAACUAUUAUGUCGCUGCAUUUAAAGCAGUUAUAUUUAGUUACAUAUAAAAUUCAAUUUUGAAACUGUAACUCUGCUUUAAUUUUUGUCUGUUUUCUAAGCAUUUUUAGCAUCGUUUUAUGGCAAUUUCUAUAGUAUUAUAGCAAAAUUAAUUCUGAAAUAGGAAAACAUACUUCGGACGUCACUUAUUAACUACCCUGUAGUAAUCAUAUUGCACAUACUUUUUAAUUACAGGCAACGACUAUUAUAGUCGAGUGGUUUAUCCCAUAAACAGAGCACAAACCAACUAUUUUUUUGCAUUUUUAUGUCGCCAAACCUUUUUUAUUCGAUUUUGAAGUGCGUCGGAAAUUGUUAUGGUCCUUCUCAGAGGCAUUUUUCAGUACGUCACAAGUGACCCAGAAAAAGGUAAGUCCGUGAUAAUACAUAUUUAAAACAUUUAUUCUUACAUGACAUUUUAGUUCGAUGUGACAGUUGUCAGAAUUGUAAGCAGCAAAAUAUAAAAAGGGUAUUGCAGUAUAACCCUUUUAUUUGCAAUUUGGUAUAAAAACAAAUCAAUUGUGUUUAUUGCAAAAUUGUGUUUUAUGACAAAAAGCUUUUUAAUCUUUAAACGUUCAAGUACAGUUAAGAAUAUUUUGACAAGGAUAAAUUAAUGGUUUCUAUAUUGCUAAAAACAUAACAGAUUUACGCGCUGUGUACCUGUAUCGCUGCGACCGCUGUUCAUACUUAGACUGCUCUAAAGGCAUAUUCGAAAUAUUUGGGUCUUUGUUUUCAGCGAGGUAGGAACUAUUUAUCCUUGUCAAAAUAUUUUUACUUAUACUUGAAGGUUUAAAGAUUAUAAAUCUUUUUGUAUAAUUACAAUUCAUUUAGUAGUUUUUAGCAAAAAAAAUCCAAAAAAUUUAAAAUAACUUGAAAAGGGAGCAUUUUUCGAAUAAAUUACCAAGAGAAAAAGUAAUUUCGAUGACAUACGUUAUUUUAGAUUAGUUAUUUUUUAAUAACAAUUUUGGGUCCACUUGGAAAAACAAAAAAACAUAAAUUUGAACUUGAAUAAUAUAUAGAAUCGACUGAAAAAGGUUUGGUGCGCUAGAAGUGCAAAGUCAAUAUAUUCCGUUUCUAAGGGUCGUUUUAGGGGUAAACCUUCACCUAUUAGGAUAUAUUUUUUUACAACUUAAAAUGUUAUUGUUUUAUUUGACAUAUUGUUAAUUAGAUCUGUAAUGUGUAAUGAUUUUAAUUUAAUAAAUCAGACACAAAA